UUUAAUUUAUAAAUUUACUCUUCACUAGUAUAAAAAGCACAAGACUAGAUAUAGCAGUACUUGGGAUUUUGCUUAGAAUUGCUGAUCGAAUUCGCAAAUGGAGAACACUAGGGUUUGCGUUACUGGAGGCUCAAGCUACCUCGGCUCUUCACUUAUCAAAAGGCUCUUGGAGAAAGGAUACACCGUCCAUGCAACCCUAAGAAAUCUGGGUGAUCCAUUUAAAGUGGGACUUCUCAAGGGUCUUCCUACUCUUGGUGCAGACAACAGACUGAAAUUGUUUCAAGCAGAUAUAUAUAAUCCUGAUGAGUUUGAGACAGCAAUUCAAGGGUGCAACUAUAUUUUUCACUUGGCCACCCCAUUGCAGCACGAGCCCAAGGAUACUCAGUUCAAAGACACUUCUGAAGCUGCAGUUUCGGGAAUUAAGAGCAUAGUGAGGUCUUGUAUCAAAUCAGGCACCAUAAAGCGGCUCAUUUACACAGCCUCUGUGGUGGCCGCAUCACCAAUCAAAGACUCUGGAAAUGGCUUCAAACAGUUUAUGGAUGAGUCCUGUUGGACUCCCCUCAAUCUUUCAUUUGCCCUUGCCAAUAAAGUAUUGAUUGACUAUACACACUCAAAGAGCCUUUCAGAGAAAGAAGUGUUGAAGCACACUAGUGGUGACCUUGAAGUAGUCAGCAUUGCCUGUGGCCUUGUGGGAGGGGACACACUUCUCACUGCUAUGCCUGAGAGCAUGGGAGUGCUCAUUUCACAAAUCACAAAAGAUAGUAGGAGAUACCAAACCCUGAGAUUUUUGGAGGAAUUGCUUGGUAAAGUUCCAAUUGUGCACAUUGAAGAUGUUUGUGAGGCACACAUAUUAUGCAUGGAGAAGCAUUCCAUCAAUGGCAGAUUUCUAUGUGCUAGUGCGUAUUUGUCUUCAGCAGAAAUAGCAUCUCACUGGGAAAAAAAUUACCCAGGUUUCAGAAUAGCUGAAGAGUUUGUGGAGGAUUCAGGGAGAGACAUUGGCUGGGGUUCCACAAAGCUGAAGAAAAUUGGAUUUGAGUACAAAUUUGAUGCCAAGGUGAUAUUAGAUGACACUUUAAAGUGGGCCCAAAAGAUGGGUGAGUUUGCUUCCAGCCAAAAUACUGUUGUACCCAAGUAAUUACCUAGGACAAUUAAAUAACUUGCCUCUGAUCAGUGAUCAGUCAAUUGCAGCAGUUAAGAAGUUCAAAUUGUGAUAAUAUUUACGGAUUUAGUUACAAUACUUAAAUGUAUUUAAUAUAAUCUUUAUCUCGAAUGCAAUUUUAUUUUUUAAAAUCA